CAUUACAUAGUCGUUUAAAUGUAAAGGAAAGGUUUUCAAAACAAACAUAGCAGCUAUUAAGAAAAUAUGUUGUACGUCAGUGUAAGCGAAAUUCUUAUUGUUGUUAGUAUUUCAAAUUGUAUACAUUUUACGAAAUCACUAUAUGUACUAACUGCAUACAUUAAAAUAGACAAAGAAACUAAACACGAGUUGUCGAACAACGUACGUGAAUUAUGUCGUAUUAGUUCUAGUUUUCACUGUCACAUUAGCAGUCUGCUAUAUCAUGCAUAUAUGAUUAAUUACGGAAUUGUAAUACAUUAUUUUUAUUUCCCCAGUACAUUGAAGCAACUACCUGGAAUACGUUACGUAAGCGUCACUGUAGUUAAUUUGAAAUGAGGAUAGUUGUCACUACGUCGCACAACAAACGCCGCCGCCUUUCUAAAUGCAGCACGGAGGCGCUGGGCGGGCUUAUGACAUGCUGCAUUUUUUUCUUAGACGGGGAUUUCCGAAGGAAGUAAGACCAAAGGGGCUUUCCAUCGGUUUAGACCUGACAUCAGCAGCAGAGACAUGACUGGCGGGGAUAUAUUUCACGACGUUUAUGUUUGAUUCAUGUCAUGUCAGCAGGCCGGAAUGUGGAUGUGCCAGAGCUACAGAUCCCUCCCCAACCCCGUGCUCCUUCCAUUGUCCAGAGACCCUGGACUGAGCCUGGAUUUCAGCCUCUGCAGGGAGGUUUCAGGGAUCACUUUGUUUUCCCUCCAGAGCCAAAGUACUGCUGUGAGGCAUGUCACUUAGUACUGUGUAACCCAAGACAAACUGAGUGUGGACACCGUUUUUGUGAGACCUGCAUUUCCAAAGAGCUAAGUAAACCACAUCCAGUUUGUCCUGCAGAUAUGGAACCUUUAUUUGAAGACAAGAUAUUUCGGGAUGUAUGCUGUAACCGAGAAAUUAUGGCACUGAAGGUCUACUGCCGGAGUGAGAAAAAUGGCUGCAAAGAGCAAAUGAUACUACAACAGGUCAUGGAUCAUCUGAAUGUAUGUCCAUAUUUUGAGGUCCCCUGUCCUUUGGGAAAAUGUAAAGAGCAAAUGAUGCGCAAGGACAUGCCUGAGCACCUGGCCAGAAAGUGUAAAUACAGAGAGUCUACUUGUGAAUUCUGCAAACACAAGAUGGCUCUAACAGAAAUAGAGAAACACAAAGAAACUGUUUGUCCUGCAUUUCCAGUACAUUGCCCCAAUAAUUGUGCUUCUUCUAUACUACGGAGUGAGCUCUCCAGCCACCAACAUGAAUGUCCAAAGGCACAGGUUUCCUGUGCCUUUAAUCGCUUUGGAUGCACAUUUAAGGGUUUCAACCAGGAGAUGAAAGACCAUGAUUCCAGCUUCGUAUCAGAACAUCUCCUACUGAUGGCAACCAAAAAUGCAACUCUUGAGGCAAAAGUAGAGGACAUAAAAGGAGAGCUCCAGGAACGAUAUAAAGUCCUACCAAGUAUGAAUUCACGGCUUCUGGAAAUGGAAUCCCUUCAUGAGGACAUGCGGGAGAAGACCAGACAGGUGGAGCAGAAACUGUCUGGCAUGCAGAAGGUAAUGAGUUCACAUUCCGAGAAGGUACUGGAGAUAGAGCUGGACCUGAAUUCACUGCGGUUAGUUCAGGACGAGGUGGAGACUCUGCGAAGUACAGUGGAGAACAUUCGCUCGCGUGUAAAUGCUUUGGAGACGGGACGAGGGGGUUCCAGCACUGGAACACAACUUUUAGGUGAGACCUCUUGUUCUUAGACUUUUAAAUAAUUGUGUGGAUGCUAUUUUCAGAAGAUUCCUAUGAAAAAGGCCCAUGUAACCUGGCCAGGAGUAGGGAGGAAUAGGGAGCCUGGCCUCGGGGGAGCUCCUGGUGGUCAGGCCUCCACCCGUGGGGUCCGGCUGAGCAAAGCCAGAAAGAGUUACAUGAGUCCACCCUCCUAUUUCCCCACCACCUGCACCUAUGGGGAUUGGGUCAUUAUAGAUUGGAUGGCAGUUAAAGACAGGGGCCUUGGUGGACCAAUCCCGGGUUACUGAAUCUGGUUUCAGGAACAUGGAAUGUAACCUCUCUGGUGGGAAAGGAGCCUGAGCUAGUGCGGGAGGUAGAGAGGUACCAUCAAGAUAUAUUUGGAGUCAGCUCAACUCACGGUACAAGCUCUUGUGCAUAGGUAUAAAUGCGGAAGGUUCAGUGGAAUUAUGGCAGCUGAUGUCUGCUUCUUUCGGCAUAUCAUCAGACCAGCUGUAUGUUUUAACACUCAUGUGAGGAGCUGAGCUGUCAACGAAUCACCAUCGGGUGAGUGGGAUCAGAUAGCAGCGGAAAAUGAUGGACAGAGCUGGUAUUUUUUCAGUUUUAAUUAAAUUUUAUUUUUAUAGAGCAUUUUCACAACAUUGCAUUGUCUCACACCAUCCAUCGUCUUAUUAGGAGCAUGCCCCGACAUCAGGCAUGCAUACAAGCACUUGGAGGCCAUACAAACUACUGAAUUGCUGCAAUGAAA